UAAUAAAUGACUUCCAUGCUCCAUUAUUUCCAUAUCCUUCAUAAGUCAAAACCCCUCACUUUCUUUUCUUUACACGUUACACUACAUAACAAUAAUAUCUUGUUUUGUUGAUUUUUUUUUUUUCAUCAAAGGAAGAAGAAAUGGGUGAGAAGGGUUUGCAAACACCUGCAAAGAAACUGUUUUUAUGGGUUAGAAAACAGUCAAAAAAGGUUAAAACUGUAUUAGGUUUCGUUACGUGUCUGACUUUGUUGGUUACUUUAAGAUUACUCAUACAUGAUCACAAUCACUUCUUUGUUUUGGCUGAGCUUGUUCAUUUCAUUGGAAUCUUAUGUUUGAUUUACAAGUUAUCUACCCUCAAAACUUGCUCAGGCCUGUCACUGAAGAGUCAAGUGCUUACGGCGAUAUUUCUGGCUGCAAGAGUAUUUUGUAGUUUCAUCAUGGAAGGAGAUAUACACACCAUUUUAGAUUUUGUUACACUCGUGGCAACAUUGUGGGUAAUAUAUAUGAUGAAGUUCAAGUUGAAGUCGUCAUACAUGGCAGAUCUGGAUACUAUGCACUGUUGGUAUUUGAUCGUGCCUUGCGCUGUUGCAGCCCUUUUUAUCCAUCCUGCUACGGCUCAUUUUUUCCCCUUCCGGGUUCUCUGGGCAUUUUGUGUAUAUAUGGAGUCUAUCUCGGUGCUGCCUCAGCUUCGCAUGAUGCAGAAUGUCCAGAUAAUUGAGCCAUUUACAGCUCAUUAUGUGUUUGCAUUGGGUGUUGCAAGAUUCUUGGGCUGUGCUCAUUGGAUUAAUCAGAUCUAUGACACUCGCGGAGUAUAUCUUUAUUUGGCUGGACGGGGCUACUUUUGGAUACCAAUGGUCUUUUUGGCGGAAAUUGUUCAAACAUUUAUCUUGGCAGAUUUCUGCUACUAUUACGUAAAGAGUGUUAUCAGCGGUAAACUUCUGGUCCGCCUGCCACAGCCGGUGUAGAAGUUCAAGUUACUAUAUGCUACAAAAUGUAACAUAUGUUGUAUUUCUUGUGUUAUGGUGUGGAUAUGGAGCUUCUUCUACCUCUUAUCUUCUGUUUUUCAUCUUUUCCUCCUUCCUCUAGUUCCACUCUUGCCAAUGCAACUGGAUGAAUAAAUAAAUAAAUCUGCUAGAUGCAUUGCUA